UCGAGGACCAAACGCGUUGGAAACCUCAGGGGAGCGGGCCGCGUCCGCUUGCGCCCAGACACCCCAUCGGGGCCCCCGGCCAUUGCAGCCCCCUCGCAGGCUGCCGGGGUGCGGCCCUGGAAGGAAGCCCACACCCAAAUGAACUGGAGUCUGUCAUUUAUGUUGAAGACGUUACCAAAAUAUGGCUGCAAUGGCUGGAGCUGCAACGACCCGAAUCCAGAAGCCAGGAGCUUCCUCUGGGUCUCCCAGCGACCUGCAGAACGCGGCCGCUGAAUCUUUCGCCUCUGCCUUUGCCGCGCUGCUGCUCUGCCCUACAGAGCUGGAGAAGUGCCGCCUCCAGGCCACGCAGGAGAUGGAGACUUCGGGGAAGAUUGUCAACAGCCAGAACAUGGUUUGGUAUGCCGUGAAUCAAGUCCUUAGGAAGGAUGGCCCCUUGGGCUUCUACCACAGAUUCUCAAGCACUUUACUUCAAGAAGUACCAGGCUAUUUCUUCUUCUUCGGUGGCUAUGAACUGAGCCGAUCAUUCUUUGUAUCAGGGAGAUCAAAGAAUAAACUAGAUAAAUGUUCUGUCCCUUUGAUAUUAAGUGGUGGAGUUGGUGGGAUUUGCCUCUGGCUUACUGUAUACCCAGUGGAUUGCAUUAAAUCCAGAAUUCAAGUUCUGUCCAUAUCUGGCAAACAAGCGGGAUUUACAGGGACUUUGCUAAGUGUUGUGAGGAAUAAAGGAAUAGCAGCCUUAUAUUCUGAACUGAAACCUACUAUGAUUCAAGCAUUUCCUGACAAUGGGGCACUAUUUUUGGCCUACGAGUACAGCAGGAAGUUGAUGAGCCAGUUCGAAGCAUACUGAAGUGUCUUGGUGGGUCUGGAUCCAAACACAGGAAAUUGAGGAUUGCAGUUCAUCUCAGGGUUUCACAGAGGAUGAGAUUGAUGUGGAAUGAGUCUGAUUUCUUGGGAAUUCUGUUUUUGUCUUCCUUUCUUCUGCCCUAAGUCUGAAACUUUAUGGAAGAACCUCUAUUUUUACAUCCUAUAAUUUCUAUCUAGAAUUUGUAUUGAAAUUGAAAAGCUGGUGCUCUUGCCCUUGGUAGCAUGUAUGAGUACAAGUGGCUCUUUGCUCCCAACCUCAAAGGUUGAAUGUAGUUCUGUCAGGGAAGUUGCAUUAGCCUGGAUGCAUUACAUGCAGUUUGGGUGGGAUUGAGUGAAUGGAAACAGUGUGGUUUAAUGUUAAAUCUCAAUUAUCAACAGAAAAACCCAGAAGUGACUAUUUUUCAUAAACAUGAUUAUAAAUAAUUGCUCAACCUAUUUUAG